AUGAAUACCUCGCCUUCCACAAAACCAGCGUCCUCAACCUCCAAUAGUGCCAACCCUGGCGAGAGUUCGAAUUCUGGGUCCUCUGCUACGACACCGGCUUCCGGUUCUGUGACAGGCGCAUCUGGACGACAAACCACCACCAUCGCCACUACCUCUUUCACCCUGGUUACCAGCAUUCUCACCGGAACUACGCUCAUUACGAUCCCCACGCAAGAACCAACAAGCAGCAGCGAACUCGCAGCCGCCGAGGCCGCAGACGAAGAAGCACUGCCACCGUUGGCCGUCACUGGCAUAGGCAUAGGAGCAGGCAUAGGCGGCGGCCUCGCUCUAAUCGCCCUCGGAGUCCUGUUCUACCUCUACCGCCGUAGAAGACAUCGCAUGCAGCAGCCGACUCCUCGAUGGGCCGAAAGUGAUAGAGCAGGGGAUAUCCUCAGCGUCUCAACUGAGAUGGCACCGAUACCCUCGUCCUUGCCAGAGCGAAAGGCUAGCACGAUUGGUCGACAGACGACCACGACCAGUACGGGUAUUGAGCUACUACCGCCGCUACCGGAUCACCAGCUUGCUUCUCUCCUUGUGCCGCUCAUAUCGAACAUCAAGACCCAUGUCGAGAUGUUCUAUAUCACGGACGUCGUACCGGCGUCGCCAAAACCGAGUCACGUUGAUUCCGGCUUCAUGAAGCUCACCGAAGUGCUGGACGAAGGAGCACCUCUCGAUGCGAACGCGAUGGAUGCACUGUUGCGAGAGCCGAGGACGAGGUUCGCUGCGAUUCGAAUGCUGAUCGCGUGGUCAAUUCUUCGGAAUAUCGAGGUCUCGGCGCCGCUGGAUCGGACGCUGUUGCCUCCUGAGCUGGUGAGGGUGAUUGGGAGUAUGGAAACUGGACAAUAUCAGCAAAGUGAUGACCUCUCCCUAACCCACUCCCAAACCCGCCACACAACCGCCUCCCUCCUCUCCCCCAUCUACAGCACCACCUCCACAUCUUCCUCCCCCGAGCUUGACGUCCACGACCCUCGCAGACCUAACAUCGUAAACCUCACAAACGACCUGGCCCCAAUUCUGCAGCCCUAUGUGAAACCGAAGCUCGGCCGCCAGCGUUCAAAGGAUCUCGAGAUGUUGAUCAAUCUUGGGGCGCAAAUAGGGUACACGCUGUUUUCGCAACCAACGACGUGGAGGUUUGAUUGGGGCGGUGAGAGGCAUGGGGCUGAUGAGAUUGUGGUGUUCCCUGCUUUUGUGAAGGUGGGCGAUGAAGGGGGCCAGAGAUUAAGAAGAGAGGUUGUGAUCUCUGGGGCGGAGAUGAUGACGCUGGGGGUAGGGAGGUAA